AUGGUAAGGAUGCUUCUUCCGCGCUUGCGUUCACCCCUGAUUUUACUGUUCACUUGAAUUCAAGCUUACUUUGUAUACAUGUUUGCUUUUAAAGCGGCGGAGCUUGCGAGUUAAAGCUUCUUGAGUCAGUUUUGCCUCUCCACAUCCAAGCCUGUUUUAGAACGACCUGUAUUCCAUGUUUGUAGGAUAUCAUGACCACGGACCAGGAGGAGGAAAGCCUCUUUCCCAUAGCCAUCCUCAUCGAUGAACUCAGAAACGAUGACGUCUUGACACGGCUCGCCAGUUUCAAAAAGCUCUCAACCAUCGCACUGGCCCUAGAGCCCGAACGGACACGUAAUGAAUUUAUUCCUUUCCUCACUGAGAGCAUCUACGAUGAGGAUGAGAUCCUUCGUGAAUUGGCAGAUCAACUGGCGAAGUUUGUCCCUCUGGUUGGAGGACCGGAAUACGUCUCAUGCCUGCUGCCCCCUCUUGAAGGUUUGGCCUCCGCCGAAGAAACUGUGGUCAGGCAGAAAGCAGUCGAUACCUUACGUCUCCUUGCCUCUAGCUUCUCUGAAAAGGUAUUCAUUCCUGAUUGACCGUCUUCUCAUUGCACGCACGCUUUAUUAUUGAAAGCUGGGGUAUGAUAAGUUGAGGCGGGUUUAGUUAGGGUUAGUUUGAUUUUCGGUUUACCUCUAAAAUCUCCGCAGCCACGAUGACAAUCGCUAAUUUCUGCCUUGCUACCAAGAAGUCCUGAGCCUCAGCCGAAAUUUCUCUCUUCUCAUUUGCGAAAAUCCCUGGCUUCCGUUCACCACCUUUUUUGCCGUCUCAGGUCGCAGACCUGGCUGACGAGCGUAUUUCCACAAUUACACUGAUUUAUUCAAUCAUAUCAUAGCGCAUUCCCGGGAUUGUCUUUAUGCACAAACCGUUUAUAAUCUAACAACUUAUCCUGCAGUCUAAGACUGUACGGCUGUCCUUGGCUUACGCUUGGACAGUAAGUUCUCAAAGUAAAUAAAGACAAAUUAACGGCCUACCUGGUAUAACAGUUUCUUCGUCACAAGUCUUCCCACUACAACUGACGCGUCUUGGCCUCUGCCAGCGGAUCGGAUGUUAGAUUUACGGGUUGGCCUACUCAGAAGGAGGCCUUUGGACACUGCAUGCUAAGUCUAAGGAAGUCUUCUUGCAUCCGGCAAUACAGAGCUUAACCACGCGAACCUUAACGCAGUGCAAUGUGGGCGCUACAAUGCGUACUGACGAUAUAUGGAAAGAUUUCUGACAGACUAAUGUAUUGCCGGACUUCUUCGGUGCUCUAGCUUCUUCCGUUGUGAUCUUCCGCAACAGCUUCGCAACCUGAGAUAGGCAACUCUGCCCUGCUGUAUUGCACGCCGGUUGCAAAUGCAGAUUCUGACACCAACAAAACAUUCGAUCACCUGGCGUCCAACUGACGGCAACAUUCAAAGCAAACUGGACCACGCACUUUUACGACCACUAUCGACCAGCCCGGUGUUGGAUUCCUGCGCGGUACGAGAUGAUGACACCGGCAAUUGAAGUGGUUCUGCUCAUGCUCAACUGAGGGCUCGGCCACGACUCAUUGUGUUUCAUCGAAGAGAUGCGACGCGCGGGGAAAUAGAGCGUUGAUUAUUGUCUCGGUGGUCCUGCCACUGGUACGGCUGCUGUUGAACAUUUUCCACCGAGCAGAUUCAGAGGAGACGCCGUUAGGGCCUAUUCAGCAGGGGGAAAAUGACUCUCAGGACGACCUCUUGGGAGGUGCCAAGCCACAGCGCAUGGAUUGGAUCUCUGGUUAAACAGUCAGACCCGCUGUUUAAGCAUGAGCUGAUCGCUUGGCGGUCACUUGAGCUUUAGGACGUAUUUUAUGAGGAAACUGGCAUUGAAUGAUGGGGUCACAGCGAUUUCUGCUCUAAACCUACCCUUUUGCCAACUGUGUUCGCACCGGCGCUGUUCACCUGGGCAGUGGACUGGGCUCUUAAACGCACACCGGAAGACGAUUCCGGCGUAACAAUUGGUUGUGCUUCUUACAUUGUGCAUUUUGGCUGCCGCUGGAAUUGCAGUGCCCAUGAACUUCCUUGCGGGAUUGCAAUGUAUGGUGCCCGACAUAGGUGUAAAACAUCAGAAGUAAGUUGAAUUCCCUCAAAACGAAGAUGGUUGUCUCAGGUUUCGCCGAUGGAGACAGGGCGGAGAAUCUUUUUGUUAGUCAACAAAUUCCGCUAUGCUGGGCUUAAUUUGGCAACGAAAGGACGCAGUAAUGUCAAAAUCAUCCAGGCAAACACCGUCUUAGCAUUACUUCUUCGAACCCUACGUGAUCGGCAUGAGAUCAGUGUUAAGGUCAAGCUGAGAACACAAGAGGCUGCUGGAAGCUAUCAAUCCAGAUGUUAUUGACUUGGAACAGUGAGUCGACCAAAGUAGUCACUAUAUAUGAUGUUACAGGUAAGGCGAUGGCGUUAUUUCUCACCCUGAGCUAUAGUGCACCCCAGCGUUGUUUAACUUGGACACUUCAGCUGCAUUACUUCGCGGUACACUAAGCACUACGCCGCCUUCCCUUUUUUUCACUGCAGGACCUCGAGGCCUACUAUCUUCCCAUGAUAGAAAGACUUGCGACCGGUGAAUGGUUCACAAGUCGAAUAUCCGCCUGCGGUCUGUACAGUGCUGUUUACAAGAGAGCACCCCCCAAAGUCGCAAGCGAGCUCAGACAGCAGUUCAAGCAGCUGUGCGCCGAUGAGACUCCCAUGGUGCGGCGUUCGGCUGCAAGCAAUCUCGGUGAAAUGGCUGCUUGCCUGGAGCUGGACGUGUUGCGCGCAGAAUUCCUCCCAGUGCUGGAAACCAUAAUUCAGGUAAGCGGUCCAGUCCUGCCCACGCAGACCACCAGUUCCCUGUGUGUGUGAUUUUUGCGUCGCCGUGCCACAUUCCCCAUCCCAACUGCGCACAUCGCACAUGUUGUAUGCUCUGAAGACGGAUCCUAAAUUCAGCUUUUACCUAUUAUAGAAGGAUGAUCAGGAUUCAGUCCGUCUACUUGCUAUAAACGCCUGCGUGGCCUUUGCGGAAGCCCUGCCGGCUGAGGAUGUACAAAAACAUUUGGUGCCGUUGAUUCGCGAAGCAGCCCAGGACAAGUCUUGGCGUGUGAGAUAUCAGCUGGCCGAUCGUCUAACGGACCUCCAGGCGGCUGUUGGACCACAGAUAACAUCUGACCACCUUGUAGAUGUGUACCAGGUUAGUGCCAGUUCAAGGCUUUUUUUUAAAUGACGGAACUCGUAAGUGCAACCCUGAAGACAUUAUUGCUUUAGGAAAUACAACUUUCAUUUUUUCCACUUUAUGGGAGUACGACAGCCUUCGAAUCAUCAAACCCUGCAUACUCAUUUCUUGAAGGCAGGUUUCUAAGAAUCAGCCUCAAGUGCAUACUAAGUGGCUAAUCAAAAUGCCCAGUUUCUGCUUUCGCACAUCACACCUAGCACAUGAUACAUUGCAUUUUCCCGACUUUUUGGCUCAACGCAACAGCCAUAAAACCGUCAUCCUAGCCGCGCCUUUCUGUAGAACAAGUAAAAGUGCGAGGAACGAGAAUAAAAUCGGUUCGUUCAGCUCCUUCCAGAUUUUUUAAAGUUCAAUUAGACCUGAGGUCUAUGCUCAUCUGUGGAUUCUACUGCAUGACUAAUUUGUUUACACAUUUAUGCCCCAAGAGAUUGCUUAUAUUUUCCUGCCUUUUCCUUGUUGAAAAAAGCUCCUCCUGAAGGACGCCGAGGGCGAGGUCCGCGCCGCUGCAGCGGGUAAACUAAAGGUCUUCGCGUCAGCUCUGGCACCCGAGACCCGGGAGUCUGUUAUCAUGAAGACCAUUUUGCCCAUCAUUCGUGAAAUGGUAGCCGAAACGAAUAUGCAGGUGAAAACAGCCCUGGCUGGCGUAAUUAUGGCGCUGGCACCCCUGCUUGGCAAAGAGAAUACCAUUGAAUUUCUCCUGCCCAUGUUCCUUGUGCAGUUAAAGGAUGAAAAUCCAGACGUAAGUACACAGCGCUGAUUCAUGCACUGUGGCAUGUUUUUUCCCCCGGCUUCAGGUAGAUUUAUGCACUGCCACUAGGCACUGCUGUCCUCCAUAUUUUCUUUAUUGACUGGUUACCACCUCAACCGGCGGUUUGUCCAUCGAGUAUGCAGGGAACUAAAACUCGCGGCACCCGCAUUAUUGUGGGGGAAACUUGCUUAAAAUUUAUUUCAACCUUCUCGUGCUCAUAGUGCGGUACUAGGCCAAGGCGUACCAUACAAACCCUCCCAUGCACGUGAGCUCUAAAGGACUGGUACGUUCUGUGGUUACCGAGUCGCGCUUGUGGCACGCGUAGACGGGUCUUGAAAUGUCUUAUUAACAGUCUUGAAUCCGACUUCACUGCCUGACAACACUGUGGCGUUAUCGCAAUCAAAAUCGUUGAUGCUUGAACCAUGACCUGGGACGGCGAAAGGGGUCUACCAGGGACUGACGAAUAACCCAGUAUAGGCGACAGGAGACACGCCGUUGUCAUAUGGAAUAACCACACCCACGUGACCAAUGUUCUCCGCGCAUGCUCUUAGAAAUAAGUCUUCUCGGUUCUUACCCUUUAUUACGAUUUCAGACCUGGCAGGUAUGCCAAAAUACGGAGUAGGCCUCAUGGGAACUGUAAAUCUUGCGGAAGGCCAUUAAGCGAAUUUUUUGCCUGAAGCCACUACAUUCUUUACCUUAAAGAUGUAAACAGCUCGCCCUCUACGCCCAUUUGUCCUUGUUAGUUUUACCACCGUGGGUUUCAAGUGCAGAAUAUGAGUCAUUUUUCCGUGCCUGUGUUUAUUGAGCUAGCCCACCUCUUUAGGUUUCUGGUAUUUGUGGCGGUCUUCCCCCUCAGCCUGUUUGGCAUCAUUAUCAUCCUCUGACGUUUUUACCUCGUUAGUGUUCCACAUCGUUCACGCAAACAUUUUCUGGGCAUUUACACAGUUGUCGCCAGGCAACUUUAUAUCCGACCAACAUGCAUGCGAGUUGCGAUUGUCUCACUUUCCCUGUGAAGAACUGGCCUUCUUACGUAGGCAAACUUACCUCUCAACCCCUGGGAAUGCUGAUUCGAUUGGGAUCUUACAGUAAGUGUUACUGAGGAAGACAGCGCCACUUGGAAUCGCCAUUUAUGGGGUUAUUAUCCAUCGUCACCCGGUCAUGCCACAACUCCGGACCUGAUUUUAAUCUAUACCACUCAUGUGACCUUGGCUAUCUCCCAUUGCAGCUCAAGGGACGUAGGCCUGUGACCCAGCUGCUGGGGCCUUUGAUCUAAACUCGUUGAUAAGCUCUCUCAGGUUCAGUUCCUAAGUCUGCCGGCACGGGGUAUGCGGGGGUUAUGUGGUAUGACCGGCCUGCGAUGGCAAGUCAGCCAGAACGGGCAAUUGUACUUUUUAAGCUAUUGAUUGCUCUCUGUUAUUCGACUACCCGCGAUGACUCAGAAUCUGAUAGAAACGGCCCAUUGAUGUCAUGCGAGCAGGCAAGGCCGGGAAACUUCACUCCAUUGUUACUUUGGAAACUGCCUUAUAAGCAGCAUAGCAUUACCGACAAAGACAAGGCAGACUGGGAUGGCCAUUUCUGGCUUCUUAGCCGUCGUCAGCGCAGUGGCCGACAAAGUUAAAACCCGUCUCCGCACAGUGUACCAGGCAUUCUGAGAAAGGAGUUGUUCGAAUCUCCCACUCGUGUAUCAUGCUAUCUUAUUGACCACGUUUAAUUUUUGAAUAAUUUCAGCUUUAUUAUUGGCGACAUUGACGGGCCGUAUGUGCUUGGUUGACCAACCCUGACUCUCCCUCAUGCAUACCCUCCUGCAGGUUCGUCUGAACAUAAUCUCCAACUUGGAAUGCGUGAACCAGGUCAUGGGUAUUACGCAGUUGAGCCAAUCCCUCCUCCCGGCCAUUGUCGAGCUCGCGGAGGACAACAAGUGGCGUGUCCGCUUGGCCAUCAUCGAGUACAUGCCACUGUUGGCGAGCCAGCUGGGCAUCCAGUGCUUCAAUGACCAGCUAACCAACCUCUGCCUCGACUGGCUCGUAGACCAUGUCUACGCUGUCCGAGAGGCGGCCGUCACCAAUCUGCGCAACCUGAUGAACAAGUUCGGCAUCGAAUGGGCCACCAGCCAGGUCAUACCGAGGGUGAGUUGUUGCACGCUCAGCUAUUUUUCCCGACCACUUUUUAUAGUUUGUCGUCAAAGUGAAAUAGAUAUUCCUUUUUCGUGUGCGUGGGGGGGGGGGGGCUUAACGACUUUGUGCGUUAAGCAGAUUCCAUAUCUGCUAGUUAGGACUCUUACGGGGGGGCGACUAUCAUAAACGAGACAAUUCUUUGUUUUGCACACACGGGCUAAUGGUUUUCUAAGGUUGGCCGCUGUAGAUGGUGUGUCAUUCACUCUUUAUUCAACUACAAUUUAGUGACCGCAUAAUUAGUCCCCAGGGCUACGCCUCUCUUUACCGCGACAAUUUUUUUAAGACUCGACACAUUCCCUGGUGGAUCCACAGACCAGCUAUCGGUAUUGUGAAUGCCAGCUUUUGACUUGAAGAGAUGGUCAAUUUCAGGUACCACGAAACCGAGUUUUAGCAAAAACGUCACUGAACUGUUGUUGGCAUUCGAAGGUGGCCGUGGGCGUUUUAGAAUGUCCUAAUCCGCUCAACAUGAGAUUGGCGAAUUUUGACCAGCUCUAGGCUGUGAGUCAUUCUUUAAGGUAUGCGGACUAUUUCAAUGGUUACUAAGCUGCACUCGUUCCCAAGACGACCAGAAAAACUCCUGCUAUUUGCCCCCCUUUUCUUUAGCCUUCCUAUCAUUUCGCUUGACUCAUCAGUAUUUGAGGACAAUUUUUUGCACUUGUGUUCGGUCCUUGCGUCCAGGAAAUUGGGUGUCUAGACCGCCGUUAGUGUGUGUCACGCAUUGGGGAGGGACAUCGUGCAUAAUUCAUGGACUGGUAGCGCUAACGUGUUUCAGUUUUGCUGUGAGCUGACACCCCCUCCCUCUCUCUAAACAGACUGUACUGCAAACAGGUCAGACCCACGGAAUUUGUUUGUCGGUCUGUGCGCGGAGUCCGCGCGAACCCAUAACUGCCGCCAUGCAUGUCUGUCGGGGACAGAUGCCACCUCAACCAUUCCGCUAAAGCUUAACACCCGUCGGCCGAAAUGCUCGGACAGUUCACUGGCGCAUGGGAUAGGCAAGAGGAAGUUGGACCCAUUCCUGGGAGAGUCUUUCCUCACUGCAGAUUACCGCACAGAUCAGUAUCAUGAAUCGAGCGCGAUUGGACCUAGCACGAGCAAACUGGCUCGAAGGGCGGCCGACAGAGGGCAAGGCUCCAGUGACUUCUUAAGACCUGUGUGAGCUCCGAGACCCGUCCCGAACAAAAUCUCGAUGCGUAUAAAGUUAGUGCCCGGGUCGCGUGGGAAGCGCGUAGAUUGGCCGUUUGGUCGUGUUGGGUACUGCGCCCACGCUCACAUCCCGUAUUCUUGAAUUUUUCCUCCCAUCGGGAGGUGGUGAGUGUCGGGAAGAGGAAGAGUGGGAUAGAUUCUUUGAAAGUCAUUGUUGGACUCACCUUGUGGGACAGUGGUGGACUAGCAGAGUAAGUUGACUGACACGUCCGAUGUUCCCCGUCAUUGCUGGUGGUUUAACUAGUUAGGUGCCUCCAAAUCUGUGAGGAAUGUCGUAAUUAACGCCCGCAGUAUUUGUGAAUUUCACAGACUUCACCCGUUCUCUUCCGUAUGUUUCAAUCACAUGACAGAACUUGACGAUUUGCCCGUCGUUGCCGACAAUGUCCACCGUCAGAUCCACAGCAAGGUGAAGCACGCGCAGUGACUUGUGCGUGAAUUAGUUGGUAGUGGUGGUAGACUUGCACGGCAUCUACCGCACUCCCUCCUCACUCUCCCGCGGCCCGUGUCAAGAAGACCGGAGGCCGAGGGAGGGCGCAGGUGGAUGGCACGGUCGACCCCUCACCUUGGCGCUCCACUACACAUCCCCUGGUCCCCACAGCAAAUGGCUACGUUUUUAAUCAACAACAGCAACGGGGAGCCGCAGGGGCCCGGACGUGCGUGACGUCUGCCGGCAACCGGGUCUGCCACCGUACCCCGAAAUGUUGGCAUAUGUUACGGUGUGCAAAUCCGAUAUGACCCCUCUGUUGGUUCAGCGCAUCUAACACGUGGCCCAUUUGGAGGGAACUCGUUCUUAAUCACACAGACUUUAGUUCUUCUUUGGUAGCCAAUUUGACUAAUUCGGUGGCAUUUCAUCAGCAACAGGAUGUUCUAGUGGACGGUUAAGUACAAAAACACAGUUCAAGUUCUUGACGGAGGUUACGGUGUUCGAGAAUUUCCGUAGCGAGUGCUUUCUUCACCGGACCGCCAGGGACACUAUUGGCUUACCCGGGGUUGUCUGUGAUCGUUGAGUGGGGUGACCUGUAGAACUAGUUCAUCUUCACACUCCAAUAUACUCUUCUGUGUUAUCGCCCUCAGCUGCAACACGUUCCAGACUUCGGGCAGGUUUGCUUCAGACUCCCCGCGAAUGCCGUGCAGAAUACUUCGUUGCACGAUACGAGUCUUUUAAGUCACACUUGCCAAGGAAGGUAAAAGAGCCAAUGCAGUGCUAGCCAGCACGACCGUCGUUUCACCCUUGCGGCGACGUACUUUGUCCUAGCCCUUCCUGGGCGGUACCAAUCGAAUAUGCAUCAAGUUAGUUGCUUACAAUUUUCGCUCGCUUGCCAUCGAAGUCCUAGUGAAUCACAGUUUUUCCUCUUGUCAGUCUUGUUUCUUCAUCACUUGCCGGCUGUGGUGGAUUUCCUAUUUCACGUGCCUCCACCGCCGAAAGUACUUUCUUUGUCACGCGGUUAGACAGGGAGCCCUCGUUAUAAUCGGGCCUUUUGUCUUUCCAACAGCUCAUCCAACUGGCUCACGACCCAAACUACCUCCGACGAAUGAUUUGUCUGGCUGCCCUCCUCCAACUGGGCGAGGAAGAGGCCUGUCAUACGGAUCUACUGCCCAAAAACAUCAUCCCUACUGUGGCCCAGCUGAGCCAGGACGCCGUGCCCAACGUGCGCUUCAAGGUAAGAAUCAAACAUGUCGCUUUUUUUUCGAACCUGUCUAGCACUGAUCCCCCUCCCCCUCCGAGGCACACCCGAGUCUUGGAUCUCGGCCAGGGCUAACUGAUGACAGUAAAUAUUUGCUGGCACCCCUUCUACAUCCGUACUACUUCGGCUGAAGUUUCGCUGCUCCUUAGCCUGAUGGCUCAUCAUGGCCCGCAAGGAUCAUUUGCAGGAUUUCCUGUAAAGCGAAGUUUCUACCACGUACGCGCAACACUGUCCGUUCUAAUCGUUCGCGUCGUACUGUUCGAAUUUGCCACUCCCUAACUUGUGUUAAGAUCUCUUUAACGCCAUCUGCAAAGAAGAAUUUGCUUAAGAGUCAUGUCAGAGCCGUGCCCACACCCGUAAGGCUAAAGUCGGUUCCCUAAACGAGCGACGCUGUUGCAAAUAUCAAAGCGGGAGUCAAAUGGGUGCAUGACACACGUGGGACAGAGGCUUUAUGCUGCGUCAGUCACUAGGUCCAAUCUCCUUUUUAAUCGUUUUGACUCCAUGACCACUAGUACACGAUGAAAGGUGGUAGAGGAUGUGGGGGGGGGGCGCUGUGCGUCAUCAUUCCUAACUGUAGUAAAUCCUGUGCGCCCUUAAACCCUCAGAGCACGCCAAAAAUCUUGGUAAGACAGACUGAAAGCCGGCAGUUGCCGACAGGCGAAAGGUCGCAUAUCCAACUGUAAAAGUUUUCUUAACGGCUUGCAUGUGACCAACGCUAAGCAGCUCAUCCAUUCGUUGGUUGAUAUCAAUUUCUGGUCCUUCUUCGUGUAGCCGUCCAUUAACCUUGCAGUGAACCUAUGGCCGGCGAUGGUUGGUAGGCAACCAUGCCACACCCAAUUUGUUGCAGAUAAUGACUCAGGUUAGUCGGUUGUCUGCAGCACGCGCCAUUGCGGAUUUGCCUAACCACCAGCGUGAGCCUUUCGACGCAUCUGAGUCUCGUUAUGAUUUCCCAGCGUCAAUCACCAUAUUUAGAUUCACGAAGACUGCGUAUGAUCUAAUUAUCAUUUCCUGACACUUUUUUGCAGUGCGAGGAUGAGACCGGCUGUACCGCGUUGUCUGAGAGAAGAGUUUUUUUUUCGGGUAUGAGCAGGCUGUUUUAGAGAAUGUAAUCAGUAGAAGAGCGAUCUCACUAUUUAUAGACGCGAAAAUGGCAGCAUCUUUAGCGUUGUCCCGAAUUCGAGAGCCAUCGUAUUUGUGGAUUUCUACUGAUGAACUGUUGUUGCGCCUCUCUGGUUGUCUUUUUCAUGGUGGUGGGCGCCCAGCUUCGUUUUUGGCUUAUCCGCCAGCAAGACCGUCGAUGGAUCCUUUCAGACUGCGGAUUUGCGAUUGAGGACAUUCAUGAAAUCAGCGGGCCGGACUCUCGUCGGGUUGUCUUGUUAGGGGGACCCAGACGGAGAUCUUGUUCUGACCGUGACGAAGUUCCAUGGGGAGAUGGGCUGCCGCCAGACCCUUGGCCCGCCACACGCUGUGCACCACGACGGCCAGCCUGACGGAAUCGCCGUGCAUCUUCUGUGCCACCACGGUUCCAUAGAACACUGGGGCGAAGAAAAUAUGGGGCGGAGUGGGGAAGGGAGUUAAUGCAUACUCUCUGCCCCUCCAUGAACCCGAUGAGGAUUCAAUUCAUGGAAAGUUACCGUGAACAUAAUCUUUACGGAUGGAAGCGAAUAUUCAAUUUGCAGAUGCUUGUAUGAUUAGUGAACGAGAAGGAGAAGAGCUCCCGGUCUCGUGUAGGAGUCCGUCGUUAGACAUAACAGCAGCAAUAGAACAAGUGACCGUUAUAGGGGACAUUAGUCAAUCAACGGACCACACGGUAGAUGCACUGGACCAACACAGGGUCUCCAUCGAUUAUGGCGAGCAUCAUCGGGAAUGCGCAACACUCAAAGUGUGGCGCCAGGCUCAGUUGUAGGCUGACGCCACGCCAAUUAGGAUUCCUGCUGUCCUCCACUUUUGUUGCUGUUGAAAAUCCUGGUCAUGUGUUUGUUGUGGAUUAGGGGGUGUGAUGGUACGCCUGGGUGCGGGUUUACACCGUGCCCGCCACCUGCGACCUCUCCCCCCUCAGGUCUUCACGAGUUGUUCAUGACGCCGGGCCCAGGUCGGGGGAGGAGGAAAGGUUGUGGUAGAUGUUGUUGCGCAAGCCCACCACCACUAUAAGCGAGCAGCUCACGCGCUAGUCACCGUCCUUGUUCUCACCCCGUUGUGUGGAGCACACGGUAGACGUCGUCGGUGUCGACGGCCGACCUGCUGGUCAAUCAACGACCGGUGCCGCGGACUUGGAUAUGACAACGAAUGGCUCUGUAUUCUAGCGUCAAAUCAGUUGACUGAGUUUCCAUUGGACACCUAGGUUUCAAUCAGUUCUCAACCUCUUCUUCUUUCAACACGGGCAAAUGUCUUUGAGGGCUGCAAAGUUGGACUCAAGGUAUGCACAGGCUAUUUUAGAGAAUGUAAUCAGUAGAAGAGCGAUCUCACUAUUUAUAGACGCGAAAAAUGGCAGCAUCCUUGGCAUUGUCGAGUUUCCGCUUGUCACUAUAUCUCCUGGAGCAAUGCGGUCAAUGUAUCCCGAAUUUGAGAGCCAUCGUAUUUGCGGAUUUCUACUGAUUAACAGCUGCUGCGCCUGUCUGGUUGUCUUUUUUAUGGGGAUGCGCGUGCAGCUUCGUUUUUGGCUUCUACGCCAGCCAGACUGUUGGUGGAUCCUUUCAGACUGUGGAUCUGCGAUUGAGGACAUUUCUGAAAUGAACGGGCCAAUGCCCAAAAAUAUAAAAACUUCUCUGACAUCGAGGUGGUUCCAUCUGCGCAGUUACUGCGGUUCGGGACUUGUAGACUUCAUUGCUGACCGUGAGGAAGUUCACCAUUUCACCGACUUAGCCUUUGUAAGAGGGAGAACGCAGUUCUGCCCACGACGGUGUGAGUCUGGAUUUUUACAGCGGUUGAUAGGUCUCUUCGUAAGCUGCAAAUUGGCCCUCGUGUUUACUGUGUGCGGGUCUAGAGACGCCGCGGUAUUGAUUUAGAUUGCGUCCUUCGAUUUCUUCCGUUUUUUCUCGGUAUCUACAUCUUCUAUGGCUUGUAAUUCCUCUAGAUCAGCUUUAAUUCCGCUCAUUUGGCUCCGCCUACGUUCGCUGUGCCCCGUGUCAUUCCCUGAAAUUUGCAGACUCGCGUCCGAGACAACUAAUUGAUGAUCGGUCCGCCGCACAUUGUUUUACUCACUAGCACAAUACGGCCGUCUCGUUUGCCAACGAGCUGUGGUAGUCCAACGAUUUUCAGUGACGCAAACGAGGAUGCACCCGUAUUGUCUUGUGGUCAGGAAGGCGAAAGUUGGCGCUCUUUAUCCGGAGGCUGUGUUCUGCCUGCAUCUCCACAAGUGAAAGUUUGUUGCUGUUGCGCUUCCAUAUUUCCUGACGACGAGACAGCGGCGUCUUUGUCGACUUGCGCACUGAAGUUCUACCGUAUAACUGCCUUGUUCGCCUUCAGCACAGAUACGAGGCCUGCAGGUUCACGUAGAACGUCUCCUUCACAACUUCAGAUCGCACCAUUGUGGGAGUCGCUCGAAAUGUGAGGGGUUUUGGAGGGCUUGGCUGGCUCUCUCAAGGCGUUUUGUGCAAAAACUCGACCAGAAUUGUAAAUAAACGGCUCCCCUUUUGGGUGACUUAGUUGACGGGCCUUGCUUACUCGGUAUUUUUAAGCACCAUAUGACCGUCUUAUCCUUGUCGUGGCGUAUGUAGUGACGUAGGACUUCAUAGGCUUCAGGAAGGUCUAGACGCCUGUUGAUGGAAUUGGCGUCUAAGUACGAAAUCUCAAGUGUGAAACGUCCUGUCCUUGAGGUGCCCUGGCUUAAGACAGUUGCUCCCUGGAAGUCAAAACUGUGGCCAGUUUCUCCGUUGCGAGUUGUAAGCUGUGAGUUCAAUCCAGUCUCCGAGUUGCCAGUUUGUGCUCUUGUAGACUUGUUUGCAAUUUCCGCCUAGUUUCACCGACGUAGUUGCAUUUUCCAUCGUUACAACGUAUUUAUUAGACAAUUACCGGUGUUUCAGUGGUAGAACUUUCCCAUCACCAGUUGGUUGAUAGAUUCGGGCAGCCCACUCGUACAUGGGAGAGAGGGUCUAGAGAAUGAGACCAACAUUCGGUAAUUCAUCCCCACGGCUUAUCAACGCUUUCCUCGCCAUAAUAGAUCUGGCGCGUCUUGAAACCAUCACAAUGCGCAGAAAGGCAUGGCUUGAAGGUCUUCCGACCGACGGGAUAACACGUUCAUCCCAGGGCGGAGAGUUAGGCUGCACUGACUACCUAGCGCGGCCCACACCAGGCACCAUCACGCGUGCGAGUUCUGAACGACCCUCACAGAAGUCUGGUGCGUCUGAAGUGGAAACCAGGUCGUGUGUUAGCUGCUUGAUUUUGUCAGCCAUUGCGCCCGCGCCCAUCCACGGUCGUCGCGACGUUACCUUGACACCGAAGCGAGGUGGGUGAGGGAGGAGAGGAUGUGGUGGCCGUAUCUCAAGUCGCCGGUGCUCUGCGGAGCAUGCAAUGGGCGUCGUCGUCCUUGACCCUCGAACCACCGGGGCUUUUUUCGCGGGUUGAAAAAAAAUGGGCUUCGUUGGUGGAACAGCGUCUGUAUCAGAGGUGAUGAAAUGUUGAAAAUAGGGCGUAGGGAAAUUUGUGUGGGGAAGGCGUUCGCAGCGUCAAACGUACAACCCCUCUCCCACUCUUAUCGUGAUUUAAUGCCAAGAUUACUUCAAGUUGACUGGCAAUUAAACAGAACCCAUGGCUUAACUGAUCUGAGCAUCGUACGAGCGUCCUACAACGCUAUUUAUUCACCUAAACGGGGAGGUACAUCGACUACUCUCACUUGGUUUGACCCAGACAUUUUAAGCAGUUGCAUCCGGUAUGGCCACUGCUCAAGGCACAGUUUUGUUACAGUGCAGGGGAGACGUUGGACAAUCGAAUUAGACACCACUUGCAAUCAAACCACCCGAUCGACUUCCAUUUUAGCAGGAUGUAUUCCCCAUCUGGGCACCCCUUAGACUCUAGGCAAACCUAUCCACGUGCCAGUAGGUAGCAAUACAGCAUCGGCUGAAAAUGCCUAGAUUAGCGGGGCUAAAUUUGCUGAUUGUUGUAGUUCCUGCUAAGUGGAAUAAGUUGACGCCUACCACCCGAUUGAUGUUGAAGAGCCUGGCAGUGUAAUCCAUCGGGCUAUAGGGUAAGUUCGGCUAGUGCCCCACAAACGGGCCACGUGGUAGAUGCGCUGGACCAACACGGGGACCAUAUCGAAUUCCGGCAGGAGUUAUCGGAUUUCCGUUCCAUGAAAAAUGUCAACAUUUCGGGACAUAGUGGCAGACUCGGUUGCCGGCCGUCGUCGCACAAACUGGGACUACUGCCGGCCCCAUUGUUUUGUUAAUCAAAUUCCUAGUCAUUUGUUAUGUGGACCACGGGGCGGGGGUGCGGAGUGGAGCGCCAAGGUGCGGAUCUGUCCAAGCCAACCGCAUGCGGCCUCUUUCAUCUCCGGUCUUCUUGACUCUAUCUUGACACCGGGCUCAGAUGGUGGAGGAGGAGGAAGUGUGGUAGAUGCAGCGCAAGUUACCGUCCCUGCUCCCACCACCUGCUGUUGGAUACACGGUGGACAUCGUCGAACACGACGGUCGAACUUUCUGGUAAGUUCGGCUUGAAAAGACACUGCGGCCUGAAAUAUAAACCUCGCUAUAAAUCAGGCCGUGUGCCUGUCAACACUGCUCUUUUGGAGACAGUCGUGAUCCGCACCGAUAACGACGGCGGGCCACUGCAGCUGCCGUGAGUUGAGGUUUUUGGCUCCCAUCGUGACUGAGCCGUCAUGUGACAACAGAACCGACAAUCACCAAAAGGUUUAUUUAAACCCUUCAUGAAGCUGCAAGAGCGACGAAUUUUCAGUUCAGGUCAACUCACCAGUCUAGCUGAGUUCCAACUGGAGUCCAGGGAGAAGAAACUCCAAGUUAAGCUUAACUACUUUAACACUAUUGGCGCUUGUGCAGGUGAAUGCGCAAGUGGUAUGUGAACAGGUCUAGUUGGAUAGGAAGACUUGCUGGAGGAUCAUCCGUUCUCGAAAGCUGUUUCAUUCUUAGGACUGAGUGGGAUGUGCUGGAAGUCUGGGUUGGCCGCGAUUCCGGAGGAUGAGACUAUAUGGCUUGCUUGCAACAACCGACGGUAUGCGCUCAUACUUGGCGAGAAGUUUGUCUGCUUUAGUGUAUAUUAAACUUAAAACAGACUGAUUCAAAAUCUGCCAAAAUAUCUAUGAAUAUCUAUCAAAUGAGAUUGUCUUUUGGACCACCUUUUGAUAAUACAGAUCGUACUGAGCUCUUCAAAUCCUCAACUAGCCAUUCUUUUCGAACCUUUUUUAGGUUUUUUGCCUCCCGGCCCGUUACAAAUGACUUAGUCCCUGUCAGCUAGUCGCUCCAUGUUCACAUUUUUCUCUUCACAUCUGUUAUAUUGGAACUUGAUCGCGUCCACGGUGUAUGCGCAUUUGCUCUUUCAAAAGCACCGACCAAGUUGCAGAUUUCUAGCUGUUAGCCGUUACCCAUUAAUUAUCUAAACUAGUUUAUUGCCCGGAAAGAAGUUAGUCUGAGUUAACCCUUUUACAGCUCCACAACAGUUUGUAGAAGUUUUUUAGAUGCUAGUGUAAAGUCUCCUUAAGUAAUUGAGUCGAAGAACAAAACGCGAAUCCAUAUAGACCAAACUGUGAAAAACGACGCAUCGGUGGGAUUCAAACCGACGACAGCAAGGGGAAGGCUUUAGUACAGCCAGCGCUCUAGCCACCUAAACUAGGAAUCCCCACCGGAAGACGUGAAUUUGAUCACAUUUGGGUUUAGUUACCCGCCCAACCUACUGCAAGGUCUGCAAUCCACCAACUCUGAUACGGAAAGCUGACUGCUCAAGCAGGGUUCCUUUAAGUACACCACCUACGUUCUGUUAAUUUAAAAUGUGAAUCAUCGUUGGGGGAUUGCUAGAGAGAAUGAUUACGUCCUGUUUUCUAAGCACUGCCAGUGUUGGUGUGAAAGACCGCUUGUAACUAUCGGAAGCUGAUGCACUUGUUCUAAGUCGAUGCCGCAAUUAAAAGUGCCAGGCAAUGUUUAUAGUGCUCAAUUACUGCAAAAAUCACGUGCGCAAUGCAGCAAGCUCGCAUAGGGAAAAAUGUUUUACAACAUCUGUUAGCGUUUAUCAAAAUCUAGUGCCGCCCUGUUGCAACCUUAUUUUGCCAGCAUGUCAUCUGCGUAAGACCAAUGGGCGAUCCUACGUUACCGCCUCCAGAAGUUAUGUCUGGUCAGGCAUUCCGCCCACUAGCAAUCAGUUAGCCAAUCAAAUGUGUCGCAGGACAAAGACCUGCCUUUUGUGACAGCCAAAAUUAGAUCGCGGGAGGUAAUUGACUGAACAGAAAUUCAUAACGUUGUACUCGCGUCUUUAUAGUUUCCCCUCAUCCUCUGUGGACUCGCCUGAUUUAGACCAAACAUUGUCAAAGUAACGCAAGGCGAUUGGAGACGCGGUGACAUGUUUUGCUCAUUCCUUCACAGUAAUUCUGUCGGCGUUAUUCCGCCGCAUAGUGUCUAGGGCGGGUGUGCGUGGAAGUGUGCAUAGCGCAGCGUCGACUUCAUUGAGGCUAUUUCUAUACAUGCAGCUUGUGUUGAUUUCUCGACUACUGAACCAAAACUUGGUCCUCGAUUUGGGCAACAGGAAAUAAGUGAUAGUUUUACAAACGGCGGAUAAUAUUUAAUGACUUUGUAAGCAGUUAUACCUGGAAAUUCACCAUGUCUUUUAUACUGAGAAAGGACGUGGCCUUUCUUCUGCAGUUUUAUAAUUUCUGCUUCUACUGUUUAUGCAAUUUGCCUUUUCUGCUCACUUAUUGAUCUUCGCCAUUCGGUCCUUUGCACUGUCCUAACAACCUCAUAAUGCUUAAGGUUCCUUGAUUGUGUUGUUGUUUUCCAUCCUACUAUCACCUCUAGUUUCAUGUGUUGCGAGGCGCUUCAAGACAAAGAAUUAAACAAAACUGUCACGUCCCUCAGAAAUAUUAGUAAUGAACUUCAACGUAUCCCCUAAGUUCCAGGGCUUUCUUGUUUGAAUUACGAUGCCAGAAGUCAAGAGACCCUUAGAUUCAGGUGUCUCUAAAGUACUGGUAAAUCCGAAACUUUGAGUUAAAUUCACGGUCAAAAUUUUUCCCCAACCUCCCUCGUUCCCCUGCUCUGAUGAACACCUUUGAAAGGAGGAAGAAGCCCUUGCUGUACCUACUUAUUCAAGCACAUAAUGGUUACACCGUAUAGCCAGUCCAUUGAGUCGAGUGUGGUUUUUCUCAGACCGAUCAAAAACGGCAUUUGACAACUGAAUACGACAGUUCGACUGUCGCAAGCGAAGACCGUUGCCACGUGCUCCAACUAUUAGGCGCAUCAUCUAUCGCAUCCUCUCCUUCACCUCUCUUGGUCUGUUGGCAAGACAAUGUCAAGAUCGAAUGUUGAUGCGGGCGCAGUGGCUGACAAAGCUAAACAAACCGUCUACGCGGGCCACACACACACACAGUGCCCACUCCAAGUGUGCCAGGCUUCUGUAAGGGCCAUUGCGGCCUGACUGUCAGUCCGGAUAGCGGCCGAGCGCUUCAUAUUUAUUUUAGUGAGGGAUGCGCUGAUGAGCCGUGAGAUGCGUGUAUGUGUGGUCUCAUGUAUCAGCGUCAUUUCUUCGACGUCAAGUUUCAACUGAAGUAACAUAAAACUGCCUUACCCAGUGGUUCAUUGGACGCAGAGCAACUUCGCCUCGACUUCUCGAGCACUUGUGUUUGAGAGAUUGGUUUCGGCUGUCAUCUAAUAAGCGAGGAAUAUCCCUGGUUUCUGUCUAUCAUUUUUGAGGACUGGCAGAGGAAAUAAUCUGUCCACCGAUAGAACAGAAGAGGCAACCUGCAGGGAGCAUUUGUGGGGAACGCGGUACGAUCGUCUGACAUUUCGCGGAUUCACACUCGGGCCCAUCUUGGGAGGCCUGCAGGUAGGGAUCUGUAACCCUCUCUCUGAUGAAGGGGGUUCGAAGGAAAAUCUGGAAACUUCGUACGAAUAAGUCCUUCUCACAGUUAUCGUACCUCUCAGUCUGGGCGUCCUCCGUCAGAAUAAAAACGCAGGACUAUCCCACAUGAGAAAGCUUUCCAUCCUGACCUCGGACAUGCCCUUGUUGUGCAACCCCCCAAGUUACUUCCACACCCUCAUCAAAUUUGCCCACUCUGGACUUGCUGGGUGUAAAGUGAUAUCCAGUGUUUCCAUUUCGUUUAACCAACCUUGAAUCCUGUCGUCGUUGGGUGCGUCAAGGAGUGCAUGAUUGUUCAAGGACUGUCAGACCUUGCCGACUCGGAGAACGCUCUUCACGUAGUCCCAGGGCAGUGACAUCAACCGCUAUGUCCUUAUUUCAGCACUGGAUAUGAUGGCUUCGCCGCGACCGUUCGCAGCCAGAGACUGGAGAACGCCGAGUUGAUUACGUCAAGUACCACCAAGAGUGACUACUCCAGUGAUUGGCUGGCACACUGGACCCACAUCAUGAGAGGGUUGGUGUAGUACCCACUGCACGUUAAGACAAGUGUUGGAACCUGUCCCCUCUUGCAGCGACAGCUUGUAGUUCCGGGUGUUUUGUAUCCUGGCUUCGUAUUCCGUGGGUGGCGGUUUUACCGACUGCGGCUCGCUGUCCUCUUCACUAAGUAUUGACAUGGUUAUCUGGCAGUACACGCCUUCACUUCAUCUCUGCGUAAUCAGGCGGUCAAGGGCGUCUUUGGCCCACUGGGAAACUACUUUUGCUUGCGGACAGUGCGUAACGCCCAUCGUCCAUCGGCAUGCCAAAUCUUAGUGCAGACGGCGAACUUUUUUCGUAAUUGUGAUAUGCAUGUAAGUUUCUCUUCCCCACAAUAGGAGGUUUACUGUUGGUUAAAGGCCAAUGGUAGUUCAGCCGUCACACCCGACGAUUUCCACCGUGUGCCCCACAGCAGGUGAAGUAGGCAAGGUGACUUGUGCUUGAACUAGUUUAUGGUGAGAGUGGACUUACGCAGCAUCUACUGCACCCUCCCCUUCCACAUCCACCUUGCUCUGGUAUCGAAAUACAGUCAAGAAGACCGGAAGCGGGUAGAACACAGGUGGAUGACGCGGCCAGACCCGCACCUUGGCGCUCCACCCCACAUCCUCUGGUCCACAACAUGCACUUGACCAGGGGUUCGACAACAGAAAAGAGGUGGAUGACUGGGCAGGCAUGCACACGGCCUGUUUACCCAGCGGGAGCGCAAGCUCAUCUGCCGCCAGUGAACUAGAUAUUGGCGAACUGCCAGCGCACACCAGGCUGCGAGGGCCAUGGUUUGCUAAUCAUGGCGUAUCAGACGCCCACAAACUUUAGUGCCCUACAUCUAGCCUGGGCCAUGACCCUUCAAAGGCUGGGUAACCAGUCAUUCAGCGAUUGAAAGACUACCCAUUAAGUAACACCCACCUCUCACAUGCGUGAGUGCCACAGGUCACAGAAGGAGCUGUGACAGCCUUGCUCUCGGCCCAUUCGUCCGCCACCCCACACGGACACUCAGCUGGGCAGACUGCGUGGGCUGAGUUGAGACGUCAGUCGGUAGCCCUCCAAGCCGCGGUGAUAGGUGCCAUUGAAGCCCUCUUUACUUGCCUUGCUUAGAAAAUUAGGAAGAAGUUGCUUAAAGUGGUAGGUUCUGUCCCCUCAUUGCAAUCGCCUGUAUUUUUCUGUAAAAUAGACCAAUAUGCUUACCUAAGUUUUCGCUUCCAUCUUCUAGGUUGCACAGGUAAUGGGCAAACUCGGCCGUUUCCUCGACAACAGUGCCAUCCAGGCCUACGUAAAACCCACCCUGGAAAAACUUGGUAGUGAUCCGGACGCCGAUGUGGUCUUUUUUGCUAAACAAGCCUCCGACGCCUUGAGUAUGAAUGCACGAUGA